AUGUUGAACUCUCCGAUUGUGCCAUUGGCAGUGGUAGCUUUGCUAUCCUCUGCGAUUUGUAAGGCACCCGAUAGUGGCUACAGCGCAUCCAAUUCAUCAGACUCGGGCCACUCGAAUACUACGAAAACAACGAAUUCCACCCGCCCUGCUCCUGACAUGAUUGGAGACUCGGCCACAUAUGGAGCCAAUGACAGACGCCGAUUUGGUGCAAACGCUUUCAUUGGAUCUGCUGUCCGAUCGGAUCAACAGGCAGUCUUCAAGUCCCUGAUUGAUGAUGUUAGUGUGAUCGGGAGUCCUGUUCAAACAAAAGUGCUGGACUCGCACAAUUUUGGGUUUCCUAUCGAAGGCCCUAAUUAUGUGCAAAUCAAGUCUGGUGACAGUCGCACCAAGACUUUCUUUGACUCGCCAUCUUCUGGCUUCGUUACCUCCAACGACGGGAUCAGCAAAGAGACCUACGACAGUAAACCUGGAACCAUGCUAUUUGACCGAGGAGGAUUUUCGAUCUCCUUCAACCUUGAUUCCAAGAAGUUGAACGGGACGCAUGUAAUUCUCGCAUGGACUGAUCAAAUAAUCGGCAUGGACCACUCGCCUUACGCUGACUCGUUCUUAGUCUAUAUCGGUACUCCUGGCAACAUGACACAAGCACAGCUUAUGAUCAAUGAAACUAUCAAUUCCGAUCAUACGAUAGGAAACUUGACCCAAGGAAACUCGACUCAAAUGUUCAAGUCUAGCGGUCUCAACCAGCGCGCCAUUGAUAUGUCUAGCUUUAUGGACAAAAAGAUUGUCAUGGAAUUUUUGGUUGCAGAUGAGGGCGACCAAGUUGUCGAUGUUGCCUGUGCGCUUGAUGAUUUCCACUGGCAAUCCAUGGCGGGCAUGGGCUACCACCAGAUGAAUGCUCGUAGCGGAAUCCCCGGCCUAGAUAGCAUCCCCGGCCUUUCUGGCGGCAUCCCUGGUCUCUCUGGCGGCAUCCCUGGUCUGUCCGGCGGAAUUCCUGGUCUCUCUGGCGGAAUUCCUGGCCUAUCGGGUGGCAUUCCCGGCCUAUCGGGUGGCAUUCCCGGACUUUCUGGUGGUUCACGCUCCGGUGCUGGUGGUUCACCUUUUGGCCGCCGUUCGGAUGAUCAGCAAUACAACAACCAGAACAACUAUCAGCAAUCUGACAACAACUAUCGUUCCGACUAUGGAUCUAACUCUAACAAUCAAAAUGGCCAGUACCAAGGCGGCCAACAGCAACAACAAAACGGAGCCGGGUUUAUCCCACCCUUUGCCGAGCAAUUCAUCCCUGAAGGAGUUAAACAUAUCAUCAGACGUGACCAAUAUAAUCAGUACCAAGAUCAACCACAAUACAACAACCCCAACUCGCAGUAUGACUCGUACAAUUCACAACAACAAGGCGGAGCCGGAUUCAUCCCACCCUUUGCCGAGCAAUUCAUUCCUGAAGGAGUUAAACAUAUCAUCAGACGUGACCAAUAUGAUCAGUACCAAGGUCAAUCACAAUACAACAACCCAAAUUCCCAGUAUGGCUCGCAUUCCUCUCAACAACAAGGCGGAGCCGGAUUCAUCCCACCCUUUGCUGAGCAAUUCAUUCCUGAAGGAGUUAAGCAUAUCAUCAGACGUGACCAAUAUAAUCAGUACCAAGGUCAAUCACAAUACAACAGCCCAAACUCACAAUCGGACUCAUACAAUUCUCAACAACAAAACGGAGCCGGAUUCAUCCCACCCUUUGCCGAGCAAUUCAUUCCUGAAGGGGUCAAACAUAUCAUUAGACGUUCAUAUGAUGAAGGAAGCCAAUACGAAGGUCAAUCUGGAUACAACAGUCCAAACCCACAAUCGGACUCGUACAAUUCUCAACAACAAAACGGAGCCGGGUUUAUUCCACCUUUUGCGCAACAGUUCAUUCCCGAUGGCGUGAAGCAUAUUCUUCGUCGAUCUGACGGUGAGUACGUUGAAGGUCAUGGCAUGGAUGGUCAUCAAUACGGAGGAGAUUUUCUUAUGGUAGUUCUGCUGGUCAAAAUGGUCAAAGUAGUCAGAAUGGUCAAAAUUGCUCGCGAUGGUCAGAAUGGUCAAGGUUCUCAAAAUGGUCAAGGUUCUCAAAAUGGUCAAGGUUCUCAAAAUGGUCAAGGUUCUCAAAAUGGUCAAGGUUCUCAAAAUGGUCAAGGUUCUCAAAAUGGUCAGAAUGUUCAAAACGGUCAAAGUGCUCAAAAUGGCCAGAAUAUUCAAAAUGGUCAAGGCAAUCAAAAUUCUCAAGGCAAUCAAAAUUCUCAAGGCGCAGAAACCGCUCAAGGUACUCAAAACCGUCAACAGUCUUCCCAAUCAUAUAGUGGUACAGGCGGUUCAAACUUCGGACAAGGAAACUCAGGUCAAGUCCAAGGUUCUCCUUCCAAUGGCGCAUCUUCAGGACGACAACAAUCGCCGUCUUUCAAUGGGAAUCAAGGUGGAAACAUGAAUAAUCAAAACCAACGCCAGUCUUACACUUAUGGAAACUCCAACGGUAACACUCAACGUCAGUUCCAAGACCAACAUCAAGGUUACAACGGUCAUCACCAACAAGGCGGCGAUCAUCAGAACAACGGGGGAAGCCAAUUCAUUCCUGGAUUUGCCGAGCAAUUUAUCCCUGAUGGUGUUAAGAGCAUUUUCCGUCGAUCUGAUGAUCACAGCCAAGGUAUGGAUGGACAUCAAAAUACUGACGGGUAUUCAAGGGGUGGUAAUUCCGGUCAAGAUGGGUACAGUUCCCCUCGUCAAUCCCAUGGAGGAAACAACGGGAACGCAGCCCAAUCUACCACAAGUUCCGGAUCCGAUCAAAUGCCUUCUGAAACCUCGCCCAACUCUCAAAAUCGCCAAAACUCGAAUGGCACUGAUGCGUCAACUCAUCCUUCUCAAUCGGAGACUAUGACUAACAACAAUUCACCUGAUGGUAAUACCCCAUCAAAUGAAAACUCCGGAACAAACAGCCCAUCACAUUCCAGCUCAUCGUCCUUGAUCGGUAACAUCUUUGGAGGUUCUUCGGGAGGUCAACUGAACCGUUCGCACUCACCUUCCGACUCUUCAUCUAGUCAGACCUCCAACUCUUCCAACUCCAAAGCUGCUCCUAAUUCUACCGCGGCUUCAAACUCUACCGCGGCUUCAAACUCUACCGCGGUUUCGAACUCUACCAUGGCUUCGAACUCUACCAUGGCUUCGAACUCAACAAUGGCUUCGAACUCUACCAAGGGGAACCUUGAUUCUGAGACCAAUGGCCAGUCAGCAACUCCGGAUCAAAUGACGGGAGACACACAAAACCAAGACCGUCCUACUACCAAUCGUCAAGGCUCGACCCAUCCUGACGGAUCGAGUGGAUAUACUCACCAAUUUCAGCAUAACGAGGGUGAUGUUGAAUCAGCUCCGAAUGACAAGGAGGGAUAUACCCACCCUGAUCAUACUGAUGGAAAAUUGAAACGUCGCCAAUUCAUUCCAGCUGGCUUUCAAGCUCUAUUUCAAUGA